CACCUUCCCGUGGAGACCUUGCACAUUUCCAUUAGCGUCUUUGGCUUCGGCUUUGGCUUCUCUUUUACUAGAUGAAAAUGGUAAUGGAUGUGUAAUGCAAGGGAUCUAAACUCAUCACCUACCACUGAUAACUCCAUCCCUUCUUCUCAUAUCUCUUCCCCACUACUCCACAAGAAGGGAAAAAAAAAGAUUACUCCUUUCACCACCUUUUUCUUCACAAUUUCCAUGUCCAUCAUCUUCUUCUCUCUUCCACAGCCAACAUCAACAAGGACAAUUGCCUCAACAACAAUAAAGACCUUUUCUUCUUGUCAUUUUUGGCUUUGGGUACACAGAAAGCUCCACCCCAUCUUAGAUUCACGCUCACAUUUGAGCCUAUUGGAAAAGAAAUCUGCUAUCUUUGGCUAUAUAGCUUUAAUUUUUGACAGCUCGGUCGAUCUGGGUCUCCUCCGACAUGGGUAGCUUCUGACAUUGGUUUUCUGGGGUUUUCUAGUCUGAGAUCUGGAUUCUCAGAAGCGGGUAUGGUUAAGAGGCCUCAAAGAUCUAGACUUUGCAGGCCGCUUUGGUGAAGUUCACUGUAGUGAGGCUUUUGGACUUCCAAAAACCCAAAAUGGCCAAUGAUCUUAACACAGAACUUUCAAAGAAAACUGCCAUUUUGGGUCUGAAGGUUUGGGAACUAAUUGGGAUUUCUGUGGCAUUAUUUAUCAUUAUUAUACUAUCUGUAUUGUCAUUUUGUUUAACUUCGCGGAAGAAGUCAAGAAGAGAUGGAAACAAGUUUCCCCUUAGCCAAAUCCCCACUGUUUCCAAGGAAAUUAAGGAAGUUCGAGUGGAACAAGUAUCAGCAAAUGAAUUUGUACCUCGUGACGGGAUUCUCCUUACAAUUCAUGAUAAGACCAGUGACAAAGAAUCAGACAAGGUCAUGGUCCAUCUGGGUAUGGGGAAAACAAAAAAUGGAGACCAUAGCAGUCAAUCAGGGUCUUUUCAUCAUUUAGAUAAAGAUUGUGGAUCACAAUCUGGCGAAGAAGGGAGUUCAGGCACAGUAACGGUAUACAAGCCUUCUUCUUCAUAUCCUAUUACUGCUCCUUCUCCUCUAAGUGGCCUGCCAGAGUUCUCGCACUUGGGUUGGGGUCACUGGUUCACAUUGAGGGAUCUUGAGCUGGCAACAAAACGGUUUUCGAAGGACAAUGUCCUUGGGGAGGGUGGAUAUGGAGUUGUUUAUCGGGGACAAUUGAUCAAUGGCACUCCAGUGGCGGUGAAAAAGAUUCUGAAUAAUGUGGGCCAAGCGGAAAAAGAGUUUAGAGUGGAAGUUGAAGCCAUUGGUCACGUGCGCCACAAGAAUUUGGUUCGCCUUCUGGGAUAUUGCAUAGAAGGAAUUCACAGAAUGUUGGUUUAUGAAUAUGUCAACAAUGGAAAUUUGGAACAAUGGCUUCAUGGAGCUAUGCGUCAGCAUGGAUAUCUUACUUGGGAAGCCCGCAUGAAGGUUCUCCUUGGCACAGCUAAGGCCCUUGCCUAUUUGCAUGAGGCCAUUGAGCCAAAAGUAGUGCAUCGAGACAUUAAAUCAAGCAAUAUAUUAAUUGAUGAUGACUUUAAUGCCAAGGUUUCUGAUUUUGGCUUGGCCAAGUUGCUUGGAGCUGGUAAAAGCCAUGUCACUACUCGAGUUAUGGGAACCUUUGGAUAUGUAGCCCCCGAAUACGCAAAUACUGGUCUUUUGAAUGAAAAGAGUGAUGUUUAUAGCUUUGGUGUUUUGCUUUUGGAAGCUAUUACUGGAAGAGAUCCUGUAGACUAUGGUCGUCCUGCCCAUGAGGUAAAUCUUGUUGAUUGGCUGAAAAUGAUGGUUGGAAGCAGGCGGUCUGAAGAAGUUGUAGAUCCAAACAUUGAGGUAAGGCCAUCAACAAGAGCUCUAAAACGAGCCCUCUUGACUGCUUUGAGGUGUGUUGAUCCAGAUUCUGAAAAAAGGCCUAAGAUGGGCCAAGUUGUACGGAUGCUUGAAUCUGAGGAGUAUCCUAUUCCAAGAGAGGACCGAAGGCAUCGAAGAACACAAGGAGGUAGCAUGGAGAUAGAGUCUCAGAAAGAGAAUUCUGACACUGAUCGCAGUGAUUAUCCAGGUUCAAGAUCAGAGAGCCGGCAAACGUAAUGAAAAAUGGCUUUUAGUGGGAUUUGAAGGGCUUGUAACCUGAGGGGAGGGAUAAUUCUUACAAAUUUUUCGACUGUUUAAAUUCUUGGGUUGCUUCCAUGUAAGCUGUUGAUAUCUAGGACGUGGGAUGGGGUAGAAAGGGAUAUCUUUUUCCUCUUUUCCCCCUCCUUUUUUUAUCUUUUACUUUAAUCCCCUUUCUCACUUUCUUUCUUUUCCUUUUCCUUUUUUUUUUUUUUCAAUGUAGAUGGAGAAAUGAUUUGUUUAUAUAUGAGAUUGGUGUUGUGGUA